CUCUCUUUAUUUUGGCUUCCAAAGUCAGCGCUUUGCUUUGUCUCCUUUUGGGGUUUUGAGUUCAUGGAGGAAGAUUGGGAUCUGCAAGCGGUGGUCAGAGGCUGCGCCACCGCCACCGUGGCCUCUGCCGCCACCACGACGACCACAGCUACUACCAGUGAUGCAGCUGCUUUGGAUCUUCAUAGGAGUUCUUGCUUUUCUCCGUUUGGUGUGGUGGAGCAAGCUCAUCAUCAUGACGGCCAUCUUCUCUGCUUUCCAGAUCCGUUUGAGACCAGGAGGGAAGCUUUUGUGGAGGAAUUGCAUGAUCUUUGCAGACCCUUCUUCCCCAAAUCUCAGCCUAUCUCUCCCCGGACCAUACCCAUAUCUUCUCUCUCUGUUCUAGGAGGAGGAUUCAGUGAUCAAACCCACCAAAUUCAGCAGCAACAGAAGCAAGACCCACCACCACCCUCAAAGCACUCUCAUGCAAGCUCUGUGGCCUCCACUACGCAUUCUCAGAGCCCAAGAUCCAAGCGAAGAAAGAAUCAGAUGAAGAAGGUUUGUCACAUACCAGCUGAGGGGUUGUCUUCCGACAUGUGGGCUUGGAGAAAGUAUGGGCAAAAACCCAUCAAAGGUUCUCCAUAUCCAAGGGGUUAUUACAGAUGUAGCAGUUCAAAGGGGUGUUUGGCUCGAAAACAGGUGGAACGAAACAGAUCCGACCCAGAUAUGUUCAUCGUCACCUACACAGCAGAGCACAACCACCCUAUGCCCACCCACAGGAACUCUCUCGCCGGAAGCACCCGCCAGAAGCCGGUAACCCCUCCUGCAGCAGCCACCACCACCGCCUCCGCUGACGCCGUAAAACCCUCGGCCAAACCCGCAUGUUCCUCGCCGGCGACUUCCGCGGACGAUGAGCUUGUACAGCAAAGCACAAGCGUGCAGAGCAAAGAUUUGGUGGAAGACGAGGAAGACGACGAGCUGGGGUUCUCCGACACGGCCGUGGACGACGAUUUCUUCAUGGGGUUGGAGGAACUCGCCGAACAAGUCACCGGAGACUGCUUCCCCGAUCACUUCCCGCCCAGCUUCCCCAUUCCUUGGCUGGCCAACAAUGCUGCAACAGCCGCCGGCGGGAUCUGAGGGCUGCCGGAAAAGCUAGUUUGAUUCUGACUAGUGAUGAUGCAUUUGCUAAAUACUCACUUUUCCCAUCUUUUUGUCUUUUUAGAGAGAGAAAGAGAAAGCGUAGAGAGAGAAAAGAAAGAGAGAUGGGUUUUGGAAGCAUUUGGUAGAAUCUCUCCAAAAUGCUUUGUGCCUUUGUAAACCUCACCUCCAUUACAGAGAGUCUUGUAGAGGAAAAAAGACUUCCAUUGCUUUUCCUUGUUUGUGGAUGCAUAGUAAAUAAAAAUGCUUCUUAACCAAUAUUCAUUCAUCA